UAACCAGCUGGAGGUGUGUGGGCGAGGCUGGGCGCUGAGGGCUGCUGUCAUUGUCUUCUUCCUCUUCUAUAUUAGCUGCUGGAAACAUGGAGUUUGCAGAACUAAUCCGUAUAUCACGGUGUGACCGCGUCAUGUUACACCGGCCACACCACACUGUACUUGAUGGCACCCUCUGCAUCACUGGUCACCAUCUAAUUGUAUCAGCACGUGGAGAGGAACCAGAAGAAUUAUGGUUGCUACACAGUAAUAUUGAUGCAGUGGAGAGAAGACAGCAGGGAAUGACUGGGGGAACACUCUGGCUGAAAUGUAAAGAUCUGCGCAUUCUACAGUUGGAUGUCAUAGGUGCUGACCAGUUUGCUAAAGUAGCAGACACUUUGGAGGAUCUCAUACGAGUGGAGGAUCCAAUGCUGCAGUAUCCAUUCUUCUAUCGUGCUAUGUACACAGUAUUAGAAGAUGGUUGGACAACAUUUCUGCCAGAGUCUGAGUUUUCCCGCUUGGUUCAACCAGGGGAUGACUGGAGGAUAUCAUAUGUCAACAAGGAUUAUAAGGUGUGUCCAUCUUACCCAAGUGCUGUUGUGGUGCCGAAGAACAUUGAAGAUAAUGACCUUGUAGCGAUUGCUAACUUCCGUCAAGCUGGUCGUUUCCCUGUCUUAGCAUAUCGUCAUGAAGGAUCGGCUAUUCUCCUCAGAAGUGGACAGCCUCUCAUUUCAGCCAAUGGCAAAAGAUGUAAAGAGGAUGAGCGGCUAUUGAACAGUGUGCUAGCAAGAGAAAAACGAGGCUAUAUUAUUGACACUCGCACCCAGAAUUUAGCUCAAUCUGCUAAGAAUCUUGCGCAGACAGCAAAGGUUCAGCUCCGUGGUGGCGGUUAUGAACCCGAACUUCACUAUCCAAACUGGCGUCGCGUUCACAAACCCAUUGAUCGUCACCACGUUUUACUUGACUCAUUAACAAAGCUUAUGGAUGGUGUAAAUGACACAAAUUCAGGGACAGACAAGUGGUUGAGUCGUUUAGAAAACAGCAACUGGAUGAAUAAUAUUAAGGAAACAUUGAACUGUGCUUGUCUUGUGGCUCAGUGUCUCGAUCAAGAAGGUGCCUCUGUCCUUGUUCAUGACACCGAUGGUCUGGAUUCAACCAUUCAAGUUACAUCUCUUGCACAAAUAAUUCUCAACGCAGAUUGCCGCACUGUUCGAGGAUUUGAGGCACUGAUAGAACGGGAAUGGAUACAAGGAGGCCAUCCUUUUGCCACUCGCCAUGCUCGAUCAUGCUACACUCCUAGUGCUCAACGUUCUAAGUCCAACUCUCCUACCUUCCUCCUCUUCCUAGACUGUGUAUACCAGAUUCAUGCACAGUUCAGCUGCAGCUUUGAAUUUGCAGAAAACUUCCUUGUGAUGUUGUUUGAACAUUCAUACUCAUCACAGUUUGGUACAUUCUUGGGAAACAGUGAAGGAGAACGAAGAGGGCUGCAGGCUCAGGAGAGAACCUCUAGCCUGUGGUCCUAUGUCAAUCGGCCAGAGGUGCUUCCUAAGUACCUUAAUCCCAUGUAUGAGCCCAAUCAACGAGUUAUUUGGCCAUCUGUUGCACCUAUGAGUUUGCAAUUGUGGGCCAGUGUCUUCUUGAGGUGGGUGGUUGACCAGGCACCCCAGGAGGCAGCAUGGUCUGUGGUGCGGGAAUUGCGGGAGCGAGAUUCAUCUCUGAGAUCUCGUGUGGCCCGCCUCAGGAGACAGUUGCAAGAUCUGGAGAGAGAGGCAGUUGAAGUAGGAAUAAUAUCACCACCAACAGAAGUAGAGGUUGUCUGAACUGGUAUGAAUAUUCAUUCAGGUUGUUUUUACAAAGAUAUACAGUGCAGUAUAGUCGUAACUUUGUACACAGUAGUUCAUGUUACACAGUUAACCAUUUUCUUAAAUAUCUUUCAACAAGAUCAAGGAGAAAUAUCAUUUGUGAUGUAAGAAAUUUUCAGAGUAUAAAUAAAAGCAGUUCUCAGAUGGAACAUUCAGGAAUUAUUACAGUAAAUUACUGAUGUAACCCCUCAGUUGUGAAGGACUUAUGAGAAAGGGAUCCAGAUUAGCUAUUUAUUAGCAUUGAAUUGUUAUAAUAUGAAUAGUACUAAGCACAACUUAACCCAGCAAAAGAGAUGUAACAGACCUGACCUUUACCCCAUUCCAUCAUGUUAUUCCUAAAAAAUAAGCUUAAAAGAUUAUAGAUAAUAA